AUGUGUAACACAUGCCUUGAGAAUCACAACAAAUGGCCGCCCCAUGUCAAGCAUAGAGUUGUGAGAAUAAAAGACGUCAGAGAGGGAAGGGUGGUCCUCGAAAAAGAGGUAUACUGCCAGGAACACAAAGCAGAUAAACAGAAAUACAUCUGUACUGAUGUGUGUGUCACCUGUAAGAAGUUCAUCUGCUUGAGAUGUCGAAUGUUGUACCAUGACAAGAAAGGACACACUGUUCAAGAUGCUGAGGAAUACAAUGCUUCUACCAAGAAAAACAUUGUAUCUCUACAAUCCCGAGGUAAGAUGAAAGCUACAACCAUAACAAAGCACGUGACCUGUAUCAAGGCUCAGAAGAAGCGUGUCACGGAUCACAUUACCUGCAAAAAGGCUGAAAUCAACAAGAGUUAUCAAGAAUCCCUCAAGAAAUUAAACAAGAGGAAAGCAGCGUUAGACAAACAGUUGGAUGCUCAGGUAGAGAAAUUAUGUAAAAUAUUGGAUGAGAUAAAAGAUGUUGAUGAAAGGUUUAUUACGAGUAUUGAGAGUGCCAGUGUGUUGGCGGGUAAUAGCAUGAAGGCUCCAUUAGAAGGUGAUAUCAUUGUUAUUCGUGAUACAUUGUCUGGAGAGCUGAGGAAUGUACUAGAUAGGGCUGAUCCAGAGAAUAAGCUCGCCACGGAUGUAGCUGAUCGUGCAGAGCAACUGAUAUUCACACCUAACAAUCAAUAUGAUCAGUUGAACAUUGGUCAGAAAGGCAGCAUGAACGGCAUGGCUGCUACAUCCGAUGGGAGGAUGGCGGUGGGAUACAGUACUGGAGGAAUCGAUAUCUUCUCUGCUGAUGGUCAGCUGCAUAAGACAGUCCUCAAGGAUGUUGGUAUCCGUGAAGUAAGAUACCUGUCUGAUGGUCGAUGGUGGGAAGGCGAUCAGGGAGAUACCAUGCGAUGGGUAUACACCUGA